AUGGUACUCUUAGUCAACGGCAUGUCUGUUAUCGCAGGAGCAUUAGAACGAGCAAAGGCAGAAAUAUCAAAACUCGGAGACGACGAAAAAGAGAGUGACUAUGGCUACGUAUUUGCCGUGUCAGGGCCAGUUGUAAUCGCUGAACAGAUGAAUGGGUCAGCUAUGUAUGAAUUGGUACGCGUAGGUCAUCAAGAAUUAGUCGGUGAAGUUAUUCGUAUUGAUGGGGAUAAAGCGACUAUCCAAGUAUAUGAGGAGACAGCCGGGUUAACUGUUGGUGAUCCAGUGUUGAGGACCGGAAAACCAUUAUCAGUCGAGCUUGGCCCUGGAUUGAUGUCCAAUAUUUAUGAUGGGAUUCAAAGACCGCUUAAGGCUAUUAGAGAUAUUUCUAAAAGUAUUUACAUCCCUCGCGGCAUUGCAACACCUGCAUUAGACCAAAACCUUGCCUGGGAUUUCAAGCCAACAAACUUUAAGGUUGGAGAUCACAUUACAGGUGGAGACAUCUAUGGCAUGGUAUAUGAGAACUCGCUGGUGAAUCAACACGCUAUUUUGUUGCCACCUAAAGCACUUGGCACCAUCACACACAUAGCUGAAGCGGGAAGUUACACUCUUCAGGACGUUGUCCUGGAGACGGAAUUCGAAGGACAAAAAUCGAAAUUUACAAUGAUGCAGUUGUGGCCUGUGCGAUCACCACGGCCUGCUGCCGAAAAGCUUUCCGCAAAUUAUCCUCUUCUCACCGGCCAGCGUGUAUUGGACGCUCUAUUUCCAUGUGUACAAGGAGGAACAACAGCCAUUCCAGGAGCGUUCGGAUGUGGAAAGACUGUGAUUUCACAGUCAUUAUCGAAGUACUCGAAUUCGGAUAUUAUUGUCUAUGUAGGAUGCGGAGAACGUGGAAACGAAAUGGCCGAGGUGUUAAUGGACUUCCCAGAGCUUUCCAUCACCGUAGAGGAUCGCCAAGAGGCAAUUAUGAAACGUACUAUAUUAGUAGCAAAUACAUCCAACAUGCCUGUGGCAGCUCGAGAGGCUUCUAUCUAUACCGGAAUUACGCUGUCGGAAUAUUUCCGAGAUCAAGGGAAAAACGUUGCUAUGAUGGCAGAUUCUACUUCCAGAUGGGCUGAAGCGCUUCGUGAAAUUUCCGGGCGAUUGGCAGAAAUGCCUGCGGAUAGUGGUUAUCCGGCAUAUCUCGGUGCGCGUUUGGCAUCAUUCUACGAGAGAGCAGGCAAAGUGACAUGUUUAGGAAAUCCUAAACGCGAAGGCAGCGUUACAGUCGUUGGAGCUGUCUCACCGCCUGGUGGUGAUUUUUCGGAUCCGGUAACAGCUGCAACACUGGGUAUCGUACAAGUAUUUUGGGGUCUAGACAAGAAGCUUGCGCAAAGAAAACAUUUCCCUUCUGUCAAUUGGUCGAUAAGCUUUUCAAAGUAUGGUAAAGUGCUUGAACCAUACUAUGAGAAUGCGGAACCUGAUUUUAUUGCGCUGAGAGAUAAGACAAAGGAGAUUUUGCAAAAGGAAGAGGAUCUAUCAGAAAUUGUGCAACUUGUUGGAAAGAGUGCUCUUGGAGAAUCUGAUAAAAUUACUCUCGAGAUUGCAAAGAUUAUCAAAGACGAUUUUCUUCAACAGAAUGGAUAUUCUACUUAUGAUCGAUAUUGUCCAUUCUAUAAGACGACUUGGCUCCUUAAGAAUAUGAUCGGUUUCUAUACAGCAGCCACAAACGCAGUUGAAGUGACAAAUAAUGAAAUAACAUGGGCCAAGAUUAAAGAUAGUAUGGGUGAAUUAUUGUAUAAAUUGACUUCAAUGAAAUUCGAGGAUCCCGCCGACGGCGAACAAGUUCUUCGAGAGAGAUACCAGAAGCUUUAUAAUGAAAUCCAAGAGAAAUUCAGGCAGAUACUAGAAUGA